GAGGGAGUGUAAGAGAGAGAGAAUAGGAGGUUACUCAACACGGCGAUGAGAACAUCGCUCAUAUUGCGUCUCUCACACCAUCAUCAUAUAUCUCUCUCAGCCUUAUCGUUCAUAACAGGCAUUCUCCGUCAGUAUUUGCACACUGCAGAAUCGGUGCAAGUGAGCAGCAGGAGUGUCGCAUCUCCUGCGCGCGUGAGACCCGCACCGUCACGCCACCGGACACUUGUCUACACGAGCCUCAUAUACCCGUCCACAGGCAAAACAUGUGUCGGAGCUCCAGCCCCGAUAACUGAAGCCGGGUCUCGACAACCGACCUGACGGUACUGUCAGAUAUCAUUUUGUGGACAUCGUCACCCAAAUCGGUCUGAAUGUCAAGAAGCUCGGAAGAAAGUCAGAGCAGGGGCGGCUCCGUCCGAGACGUGAGGAUGGCAUCUUCAAACAAUACCUCACCCGAAGGAGGUUCUCCGCCCCAACAGAACCGGAUCCGUCAGUCGGACAGUAAUACCAGCUUCCUUAGAGCAGCCAGGUCAGGUAAUGUUGAAAAGGUGCUGGAGUUCCUUAAGGGCGGACAAGACAUUUCCACCUCCAACCAGAAUGGACUCAAUGCGCUCCAUUUAGCAGCUAAAGAGGGUCAUGUGGAGCUGGUGGAGGAACUUCUGGAGAGGGGUGCAGCCGUGGAUUCCGCAACCAAGAAAGGAAACACUGCAUUGCACAUCGCCUGUCUGGCUGGACAGAAGGAAGUUGCAAAGUUGUUGGUGAAACGAGGAGCUGAUGUAAACGCCCAAUCACAGAAUGGCUUCUCUCCACUCUACAUGGCUGCUCAAGAGAAUCACCUGGACGUUGUGCGAUAUCUUCUGGAGAAUGGUGGCAACCAGAGCACGGCCACAGAGGAUGGUUUCACUCCUCUGGCCAUUGCUCUGCAGCAGGGUCAUAAUCAGGUGGUCUCUCUGCUCCUGGAGCAUGACACCAAGGGGAAGGUCCGACUGCCUGCGCUCCACAUCGCUGCACGGAAGGAUGACACCAAGUCUGCUGCUCUGCUGCUCCAGAAUGACCAUAAUGCUGAUGUCCAGUCCAAGAUGAUGGUCAACAGGACUACAGAGAGUGGUUUUACUCCUUUGCACAUUGCUGCUCACUACGGUAACGUUAAUGUGGCUACACUGCUGCUGAACAGAGGGGCUGCUGUGGACUUCACAGCCAGGAAUGGCAUAACCCCUCUUCAUGUGGCCUCCAAACGAGGAAAUACCAACAUGAUUGCCCUGCUGCUGGAUAGGGGUGCUCAGAUUGAUGCCAAGACUAGGGAUGGACUGACACCUCUGCACUGUGCAGCAAGAAGUGGACAUGACAAGGCAGUUGAGAUACUGCUUGAGAGAGGAGCUCCCAUACUGGCAAGAACCAAGAACGGGCUGUCCCCACUGCACAUGUCUGCUCAGGGUGAUCAUGUUGAGUGUGUGAAACACCUGCUGCAACACAAGGCACCUGUUGAUGAUGUCACACUGGACUACCUGACUGCUCUUCAUGUUGCCGCCCACUGUGGUCACUACAGAGUAACCAAAUUACUGCUGGACAAGAAAGCUAACCCUAAUGCCAGAGCACUGAAUGGCUUCACUCCUCUGCAUAUUGCCUGCAAGAAGAACAGAGUGAAAGUGAUGGAACUGCUGGUUAAAUAUGGCGCCUCAAUCCAAGCCAUUACUGAGUCUGGCCUGACGUCAAUCCAUGUCGCUGCAUUUAUGGGGCACCUCAAUAUCGUCCUCCUCUUGCUACAGAAUGGAGCCUCACCUGAUGUCUGUAAUAUUCGUGGUGAGACAGCAUUGCACAUGGCUUCAAGAGCAGGACAGAUGGAGGUGGUGCGAUGUUUGCUAAGGAACGGUGCUCUGGUGGAUGCCAUGGCCAGAGAGGACCAGACUCCCCUUCAUAUUGCGUCUCGUCUGGGUCAGACAGAAAUAGUGCAGUUGUUACUGCAGCACAUGGCUCAUCCUGAUGCCUCCACCACUAAUGGAUACACACCUCUGCACAUAUCCGCCCGUGAGGGUCAGGUGGAGACAGCUGCAGUGCUGCUGGAGGCCGGAGCAUCUCACUCACUCGCAACAAAGAAAGGCUUCACUCCUCUACAUGUUGCUGCGAAAUAUGGAAGCCUAGAUGUGGCAGAACUCCUCCUACAGCGCAGAGCUCUUCUUGAUGAUGCUGGAAAGUAUGGUCUUACUCCUCUACAUGUUGCUGCUCACUAUGAUAACCAGCAGGUGGCGAUGUUGCUGUUGGAUAAAGGGGCUUCUCCUCAUGCUACUGCUAAGAAUGGUUACACACCUCUGCACAUUGCGGCAAAGAAGAACCAGACCCAGAUCGCCUCUGCCCUGUUGCAGUAUGGAGCAGAGACUAAUGUGUUGACCAUGCAGGGUGUGAGCCCUUUACACCUGGCCUCUCAGGAGUGCCACACAGAGAUGGCCUCCCUGCUGCUGGAGAGGGGUGCACAUGUCAGUGCAGCCACUAAGAGUGGUCUGACACCUCUUCACCUCACUGCUCAGGAGGACAGAGUGCAGGUUGCUGAAAUUCUGGUCAAGCACGAUGCAAACGUAGACCAGCAGACCAAACUGGGCUAUACUCCUCUUAUUGUGGCUUGUCACUACGGAAAUGUCAAAAUGGUUAACUUCCUUUUGCAAAAUGGCGCUAAUGUCAAUGCAAAAACUAAGAAUGGUUACACACCACUUCACCAAGCAGCUCAGCAGGGAAAUACACAUAUUAUCAACGUCCUACUGCAGCAUGGGGCCAAGCCUAAUGCUGUCACUAUGAAUGGAAACACUGCUCUCUCUAUUGCUAAGCGUCUGGGGUACAUCUCUGUGGUAGACACUCUGAAAGUUGUUACUGAGGAAAUAAUCACAACAACAACUGUACGUAACCAACUUACAACGGUGACAGAGAAACACAAACUGAACGUUCCAGAGACGAUGACAGAGGUUCUGGAUGUUUCUGAUGAAGAGGCAUUAGAUCAGACAGAGGAGGAGCCGUUUACUGAAGUGUCUAUGGAGAGUGAAGGUGAGGACACAAUGACAGGUGACGGAAGCGAGUACCUGAGAGCAGAGGACCUGAGAGAACUGGGUGAUGACUCCCUGCCUGGGCACUACCUGGAUGGAAUGAGUUACAGCCACAACCUAGACAGGUCACAUGACACUCCCAGUCAUCUUAGCUACAGGGGUGAAGGAAUGCUAAUUGAGGACAUGAUCACCAGCCACCAGAUUAAUAGGGUUUCUGCUUUCUCUCGUGGGAAUGAGAAAGACUCAUAUCGACUGAGCUGGGGUACUGAACAUCUUGAUAACGUGGUACUAACCAGUACUCUUCUGCAGUCAGGUCGAUCUACCCCAUGCCUUGACCAUGACAACAGCAGCUUCCUAGUUAGUUUCAUGGUGGAUGCCCGUGGUGGAGCCAUGCGGGGCUGUCGACACAAUGGAUUACGCAUUAUUGUGCCGCCUAGAAAAUGUUCAGCACCUACAAGGGUCACAUGUCGUCUGGUAAAGAGGCACAGGCUGGCAUCUAUGCCCCCUAUGGUAGAAGGAGAGGGACUUGCAGGCAAGAUCAUUGAAGUUGGCCCUACCGGAGCCCAGUUCCUUGGUAAACUCCACCUUCCAACUGCCCCUCCUCCUCUUAAUGAGGGAGAGAGUCUUGUGAGCAGAAUUCUGCAGCUGGGUCCGCCCGACACCAAAUUCCUCGGGCCUGUAAUAGUGGAGAUCCCCCACUUUGCUGCUUUGCGUGGUAUAGAGAGAGAAUUGGUGAUUCUGCGCAGUGAGACCGGAGAGAGCUGGAGAGAGCAUCACUGUGAUCAUACAGAAGAGGAGCUCAAUCAGAUACUCAAUGGCAUGGAUGAGGAACUAGACCCUCCUGAGGAGCUGGAGAAAAAGCGAAUCUGCCGCAUCAUCACGCGAGAUUUCCCACAAUACUUUGCUGUGGUGUCCCGCAUAAAGCAGGACAGUCACCUGAUUGGUCCAGAGGGAGGGGUGCUAAGCAGCACGCUUGUUCCACAGGUCCAGGCUGUGUUCCCAGAGGGAGCACUAACCAAACGGAUACGUGUGGGACUACAGGCCCAGCCCAUCAGUGAGGAUCUGGUGAGGAAGGUUCUGGGUAGCAAAGCCACAUUCAGCUCAAUUAUUACCUUGGAACCCAGAAGACGCAAGUUUCACAAGCCCAUCACCAUGACAAUUCCGAUUCCCAAAAGCUUAAAUAGUGAUGGGACAAACAAUACACUCACUCUAAGACUGCUAUGUAGCAUUACUGGCGGUACUACUCCAGCACAAUGGGAGGACAUAACUGGAUCCACACCGCUAACAUUCAUAAACCACUGUGUUUCAUUUACAACUAAUGUUUCUGCAAGGUUCUGGCUAAUAGACUGCCGUCAGAUCCAGGAGUCUGUGAACUUUUCCACUCAGCUGUAUCGUGAGAUCAUCUGUGUUCCCUAUAUGGCCAAGUUUGUCAUCUUCGCCAAAACAUUGGACCCUAUCGAAGCACGACUGCGCUGCUUCUGUAUGACGGAUGACAAGAUGGACAAAACUCUAGAGCAGCAGGAGAACUUUACUGAAGUGGCCCGUAGCCGAGAUGUUGAGGUAUUAGAGGGAAAGCCAAUCUUUGCUGACUGCUUUGGAAAUCUUGUCCCACUGACCAAAAGUGGACAGCACCAUGUCUUCAGUUUCUAUGCCUUUAAGGAAAAUCGUCUUUCUCUCUUCAUCAAAAUUCGUGACAGCACUCAAGAACCAUGUGGCAGAUUGUCUUUUACAAAAGAGCCAAGAACGUAUCGCAGUCUUAACCACAAUGCAAUAUGCAACCUGAACAUCUGCCUACCUGUCUACUCAAAGGAAUCUGAUUCUGAUCAAGAUGCAGAUGAAGAGAGUGAGAAGACACAUGAGAAAUAUUAUGACCGAUCUGAGUCAACAGAACUCUCGACGCUGCAAAUCAUACAUGAUCCCGCCACACUUGCAAGUCCAGAUCUGCUAUCAGAGGUGUCUGAUAUGAAGCAUGACUUAAUUAAAAUGUCAGUCCUCCUGACCUCUGAAAAAUCUGAGCAGUCCAUCUCCUCGGACGCAGGGGAGCGAUCAGACAAAGCAGGUUACGAGGAGGUUGAUGAGCCAUUUGAGAUUGUUGAGAAAGUGAGAGAGGACUUAAAGAAAGUAGAAGAGAUCCUCCGAGAGGGAACACUGGAUGAAACUAAGAGUGAAGGUGCUAUUGAAGAAGACUGGGUAAUUCUCAGUGACACAGAUGUUGAUGAAUCCAAAAGCAUGCCUGUAGUUCAAGAGACACUCAUUCAGGAAGUUCGAGUCUCAAGAGACACUACGUUCCGUUCUCCUUUUAAGAAGGAUAUGUCAGGAAUGGUUUCGUAUCUCAGCAGUAACUUAGAACAGUGCCUACAGGAAACCUCUGAACCAAUUAGCCAUCAACAUGAUGUUGAUAUUGUUCAAGAAAGCUUCAAAGAGGUUGUUUUGACCCGUGGAAGUAAACGUCCGGCAGAAAUAAAAAAGCCAGCAAGAAAAAAGCACAAAGAUAGGGAGUUUGCAAGUGGCAGCUCAGAGGAUGAUUUGGAAAGGAUGAGUAGGAGUCAGUCUGAGGAGUCUCUAGAUGAAGAUGCAGUAAUUGGGGUAUCUGAACCCAUCCUUGGAUCAAUUCCUGUGUCUCCUAGAGUUGUAGAAACUCCGAUUGGAUCCAUAAAGGACAAGGUUAAGGCACUGCAGAAGAAGGUUGAAGAAGAAAAAGAGGUGGAAAGUCAACAGUGGAAACACCAAAAAGCGAGUACCAUCCAAAGUCAGUCAUAUUUCACAGAAUCAGAGAAAUCAAGCAAACAUCCUCCAAAAUCUCCCAAGUCUCCAAAAUCACAGACAGAACGGCUAGAAGAAACCAUGUCUGUGAGAGAACUUAUGAAGGCAUUUCAGACUGGACAGGACCCAUCAAAAAGCAAGUCUGGACUUUUUGAACAUAAAGCAAUUACGACUACAACCUCUGGAAGUUCUGAUAAGAUGCUGGUUCCCCCAACAAAUGAAAAUCAAAUGACAGUACCAAGUCAACAUUUACAAGACCAAUUUGUAGUAGAAAACAAACUCUUCUCAGAAUCACAAUUGAUUGAACCAGACACAAUUCAACAUAAUGAGGGAAUGAUCAGUGAUAGUGCAACACUACAUGAAAAACCCCUGACAACUCCAGACAGUUGGUGGUCCACCCAACAUAAAGCAAGUGAUCAAGCUGUGACUUCAAGCAUUAUUUUUAACUUUGAAAAGGAAAUCCCUCCAGAAAUGCAUAAAAUGAAGGACCAAAAUGGAAGAUCGUCUGAGGUGCAAGGCAGAAUUGAGACUGAGGAACUACAAAUACCACCAAAUAUUAUAGAAAACGAAAACCCACAGUUGAUAGCUGAGAGACCGUAUCAUGAUGAUAACAUCUGCCAGGACAGGAGAUUGUCUGUAGAACCUCAGAUAAGCCCAGACAGGAAACUAUCAGAGGACUUCAGUAAAGAUAUUAAAUCAGAACUUGAGGACAGUCCUGAAUAUCAGCUCUUUAGGCGAACCUCAGGUCUAGCAAAUAACUGUUGCUUAAUGUUUACUGAAGGUAUGACCUUAGAGGAAGAGGAACAAAUAAACCAGGCAUCUGUGGAUCCAUAUGAAUCAAACAUAAUCACUAAAUUUGCUACUGCAAUGGUGCAAGGUGAACUCUUACUUCAAAGUGAAAUAGAUGAUAGAAAAUUGGAAGAAAGUCCUGACAGUGACAAACAUGAGGCCUUGGCAGGCACUCCUGGCAAAGGUAUCAUGAUCAGAACAUCUCAUUCCAGCACAGGGGACAGUGAGAAACAUGAGGGACUUGCUGAAACCCCUCAAACUAGUCCUGAAGCCUUUGUUUUGUCUCCGAAUACAACUACUUCGGAAGACAUACGACCAGUGACUCAGGAGACAGAGUGUACACCUCAACAGCCAACUUUGGUGGCAUCUUAUGAAAGAGCAGAGAGUGGCAAGAGUGACCAUUUCUAUUCAGUAACCUCCCUAAAAAGCAAGAUUGAAUUAGCAUCCCCUGAUGAUUCUAAGAUUGAGUCACCAUUGCUAUCCACCAAAACUGAGUCACGAUCCACCACUGAUUCUAAGAUCUUUAUUAAAGACACAAAUCAAGUUAUAAAACACAGCCACUUGGAGUCUAUAGACAGUGAAACAACUGCACAAGAUAUGGAAAUUGUGUCAGCUUGUAGAGAUAGUAUAAAGCCUAUAGAAACUUAUGUAGUUCUUGAGUCUGAGGAGAUAACUGAGCAUAGUCUUCACAGUCAAGAUGCACCAAACAGACCUUAUAAUUUGGAUGGUCUACAGCCUGCAAUUGGUCACUCUAAAACUCCCUGCCGAACAGACUCCCUUGAGACAAGUCCUAUCAAAGAAGAUGGGUUGUCCCUUAAAACCCCAGACUCCAUUGAGCCAAGCCCAACAAAGGAGUCCCCAUGUCUAGACUCUUUAGAGGGGAGUCCCACUGGGCAGAGGCCCAAUUUCCAAGAAUCUGGACAAUUGAGUUAUGUUGGAAAUGUCUUUUCAACAAGUCAGACUUCCAUUUCUGACUCCAGAGAAAAUUAUGAAAAUGAAGUCACUUUCAAACAUGAAAUUCAUGAAGAAAAUGAAUCAUCCCAGGUAUUAGGGACACAGGAGACCCCAGAUAUGCAGUGCCUUUCUGUGACCUUGGAGACAAAAGAAGAGGUAAAUCACAGUGAGGAUCUUCAAGAUAUUGAAACUUUACAAAGGCAAUUUACUCCAGAAGAGGAGAUGUUUAAGAUGGUGGCAAAGAUAAAAAUGUUUGAUGAAAUGGAAAAGGAUGAAAAAAUGAAAAAGUUAAAAUUUGAUUUUGACUGUGUUUCUAAACAGCUAAUAGAGGAAGAAGUGUCAUCACCACAUAAAAGUCCAAUGGACUUUAACACCAUGUCAACUAAAGAAUCAAAAGGGCAGUGCUUACAGAACCUACCCGAAUUUGACCCAUGUGUCCCAGUAUCACUUUCUUCAUUUUCAGAUUAUGAUUACGACAGCCCUAAAUUGGCUGGGUCACCUCACAAGCUUUCUGGAGAAACCACAUUGAACAGUUCAGUUUUAGAAACCAGGGACAAAGAUGAACAGGAUCAUAGCCAUUUGAGGAUGGUUGGAUUGCAGCCAUGCACAGAUAUACCAUCUUUGCAAACACACAUAGAAGACAAGGAGAAAGGCUAUGAACAGCUCCAUUCACAUUACCAUAGUAAAGGAAUAAGUGAAGCGCACACUGCUGACACAACAGAGGAGGAUCUAGUUGUUACAUUAACAGAGAGCAAAAUGGACAUUAAGAUGGACAGUGAUGUUGAUACUAAGUCUCCUAGUGAGAGCACAACUUCUGAUAAAAUGACUGAACCCAUUUCUCUUGUUUUUUCUACCACUGCUGCAAAGAAAGUGGAGAAUGAAGCCCUGAACUAUGAAGAUGAUGAUGGAAAACCAGAAGAAAUUCCAGUAUCUCUUCUAAGAGACUUAGUUCCCUGGAGUGCCGAAGUGGAAGAUGAUGAGACAUUUGAUGCACAAAUAGAGGCUGAGGAACAGAAGAUACUUGCCCUGUGUGCAGACAGAAGAUCUCAUGGAACCACACCUGACACAACUCCAGGACGCACUCCUACCGAAGAUGGGACACCAAAUCCCUUCCUUUUCCAAGAAGGAAAACUUUUUGAGAUGACCAGAGGUGGAGCCAUUGACAUGACCAAAAGGACCAUGGUGGAAGAGGAAGAAAGGUUAGCCUUUUUCCCCGUAAAUGAAGGUCCAACUGAAAAAGCUACUUCUAAAGAAGUCACAUUUAACACCAGUGACUCUGUUGCAGUACCUUCUUUGGAGCUGCCUGCAGAUGAUCUAUUGCAGAGAGAUAGUAUUACUGAAGAGCCUGAUGAAAAGUCUGAUAGUUUUAGUAAAACUGGAACUGAGACUAGUCCAAAAUAUCCAGAACCGAGUAAUUUUCAUUUCCAGAGUGAACCAGAGAGCCCCACAGAAAAUAAUGUAUUCCAUGAAGACAUUCUUAUACCAAACGUUGACACUGCCACUUCUACAGUAACACGAACAGUGUAUUCUGAGCAAGACCUGGAAUCCUCUGACUCUUCAGUGGAAGAUGAACAGCAUUCUGUUGUCGAAAUGACCGUAUCUACCCAAGAAUCUGUUGUUUCCCCUAGUGUCCCAGUGCAAGCUGUUAGUCAAAAGCAAUUCCAAACAUCACCUUUAUUUUCCACUGCAUCCAAGGACAUUGUUACUGAAAUAGAAGACACAACACCAAAACCAAAAACAGCUGUAAAAGCAGCCAGCUUUGACCAAAUUUUAGGACAAGGGGACUCUAUUGAACAAAAUCAAAGGCCUAGAUCUGAGGGAGAUAUUGGAGACUCAGAAUGGCCCAUGUCUGUUGUGGAAGAUCACAUAGAUAUAGACAGCAGCUACCCCAAACCAAAGACUUCAUCUUUCAGUCAACCUGAACUUCCUGCUAAAUGCUCUCAGGAAUUGGACCUUUCAAGAAAGACAGAAUUUGAUGAAACUGUUGGAGACAAAGCCUCUCUUGACUUAGAUAUAGAAAGUAGUUUGAAAGUAGUUCGACCCCCCUCCAUAGGUGAGGAUGUCUUUGAGACACGGCCCAACUGGGAUGAUUGUGUGGAGACACAGAUGCAGAGAAUCUCAGACAGCACUACCCCAGAACAAUGUAAAGUGGACUGGCACAAUGAUGCAGAUAGGAAAGAAGAGACUUUGGCCAUCAUUGCUGAUCUUCUAGGUUUUAGCUGGACUGAGUUGGCAAAAGAGUUGGAGUUUAACGAAGAUGAGAUUCAGCAAGUUCGUGCAGAAAACCCAAAUUCACUACAAGAGCAAAGUCAUGCCCUUCUACAGCGCUGGGUAGAGAGAGAAGGAAAAUAUGCAACGGAGGAUAUGUUGAUUAAAAGACUUACUAAAAUUAACCGCAUGGACAUCGUCCAUCUCAUUGAGAUUCAAAUGCAAAAGUCAGUCCAGGAGCAAACCUCAAGAACAUAUGCAGAGAUUGAGAGGACACUGGAACACAGUGAGGCUCUCUCCUCAGUCCAAGAAGACAUUGACAGUCUUCGUGUUGUGCGGAGAGUGGAGACUUCACAAAGGCAUCCUCCAGCUGUUUCAGAAGAGGACUUGUCUGUGGCCUCUCUCCUUGACAUUCCUUCAUGGGCUGAAACGAUGGGAAACACCCAUUCAGAGAGUAUUCAUGGAGAUCUGAUGGAGGAACUGGAAAUAAACCAAGACAGCUGCACCAAUCUGUGGCUACCCAAAGAAGUCAAGAAAGAAUCUUCAAACGAAGCCUCAAAUGGUGAUGAUGUUUCAGAUAUUCCUCCACAGUCUGUAACAGAAGAGCAAAUCACAGAUGCACAGGGAAACUUGGUAGUGAAGAAGGUGACCCGGAAGGUGAUUCGACGGUGUGUCUCAUCUGAUGGGGUGGAGAAAGAGCCGGUGAGGGUGGAGGGCUCCGGUCAACAGCUUGUCACUGUGGCGCAGGGAGAUGGCUACUCCAAAGUAAUGAAGAGGACAGUACUGAAGAGUGAAGGAUAUCAAACAGAGGUGACCUUCUAUGAGCAAGACGGCAUGUCAGCCUUAAAGGGGGGGUCUGCUGGAGGUCAAGAGGUCAGGCAGGUUGUCCAAAUGACGAUGGUACAUGGAGAAAGAAUGGAGAAGCAUGAGGGGGAUCCAUUCCUUGCCACAGAUCUGCCCUCUGCUCGAGAUGACUUCACCCAGGACGAGGAUGCAGAAGUCUAGGACUCAGAGGCGGUCAGUAGUGAGGGAUGCUGAGGGAUAGAUAGACGAUUGUCCUGAGCACCAUGACAACCUACAGCAUCACCUACAUCAUCUCAUUCACCACAACUGAGCCCAAAAAGACAGAGGGGAAGAGAUGGAGGAAGCUGAAGAAAAGUGAUGGUUUCUCCCUUAAUUUUCCUUCCCCAGUCUCCAUUGCUCCUCUCUUUAAGCCCCUCCUCCUAACCACUCCUAUGCAUCAUGCUCAUGCAAUCCCAGAGUGCACUUCACUCCUGCCACUUAUAGUCUUCCUGUCCAAACUGGAUGUUUGCCCAGUUUAAGUCAAUGGACAAUAUUUUUGCUCUCUUUAUUUUCCCAGUUAACCAAUGUGUGUGUUUUUCUGCCUUUUAUUGUGACAAAAGGGCGUAUUCCUCUUUUCCUUUUGUCAUUUUAAUUAAUUGUUUCUCUUUAUGAAUUAAUAGCUAUAAUGAACACAAACAAAAAACUUUAAAGAAAAUCACAAUUAUACAAAGAUUAUACGAACAGAAAACAGUUCACUCACAAAUCUUGAUCAUUCAUAUUCUGAACAUUUAAGCUUGAAUUAACAGAACUUGUAUUGCACUGCCUACCACCAUUACUGAACUUAAAAUAUAUUUGCAUUAUAUCAUGCCACAUCAUAACAUGCUCUUUUGAUCUCAACGGUUGAGAUAUCUGAAAAAUUCUUGCCUUCUUUAACAGCUGUCGGGUUGUUGUGUGUCUGUGUAAUCUGUCUAUGGAGAGUAUACAUAAUAUGCAUUUUUAAAAAGACAGUAGUGCACAUUAGCCACAUGCAAGGAUAUUAGCAGGCAUGCUUAGCUAGCAGCAGUCACUUAAGAACAGUCAAAUUCUUUCUAUGGCUAGACGACUGUCAAUUUUGUCUUUUUCAUCUCACCCCUCUCUAUUUGUGUCUGUGAUCUGUAGCAUAUAGCCUUAUAAUUAUCAUUUCUGGAGUUCAAACAGUUCAACACAGGCUUUUUGUUGUAAUAGGUCACAUUAAUGGAUUUUUAUUAUUUUGAAUUUCCUUUGAGGUAAAGUGGCAAGCAUUUUAAGAAGGACUCAGGAAGUUAAGUAGGAAUGUGGGCAAACUACGAGUUAAAUGUUAUACAUACAAUUCUAUUUUCAGUUUUAAGUGAAUUAAUUCUAUUUUCAUUAUGAAUUUAUGUUUCUUUAUGGGUGUGUGUGAGUGUGUGUAGAUGUGAAAAAGGAAAUGUGAGAUUUUAUUUUUAAAUUAUAUUACUUUUACUGUUUUGUGUAUAUUGCUCAAUAUCAGUUUGUGUCAGAGAUUGUUGCUCUGUGGUAUUUGGUAUUUGUGAGUCUAAAUGCUUUCAAAAUGUUUUGUUGGUUUUGAAAGUGAGAAAAAGGGAUUUCAUUUUUUAAAUUUAUUUAUGAUGUAUUUAAUUUAAUGAAACUUGUGAAACGUAAUUGAACUGAAUGAACCUGUGCAUUGUGAUGUACUCUACAUAUGCCCUUUAUGAUUCACCAAAUUACAGUUGGCCUCAGAUUUCUUGGAAGGAGUGUACAAUGUGAUAUUGUUUGAUUUAUUUUCUUUUUAACUGAAAAUGAAUGCAACUUUGUUAGUUGAGGUUGUCUUUUGAUGCUGAUCUGAGGCCAGCUGUGCCUUUUCCCUUAUAAAAGUUAAGAUUAAAAUUAGGCUGUGGGAAACUGGCCCUAGAACAGCAUUAAAUGUCAUCCUCUAACCAGAGCAAUGCCGUUUGUUUAACACUGCUACUACUUUCACUGUGACUGGCCCACAUUUGAUUUACUGAAUCUGCAUUCUGCCUGUGGAGAUUCGAAUAUACAUAUAUAUAGUACAUAAAUAUCUAUCCAUAAAGGCAUGUAUUAGUUUACUAUAUGACUUUUAAAAAAGACAUUUAAACACUAUACAAUGGCUACAGUGUGUAUAUGGCUGAAUGAGAAUAAAAGUGUAUA